AUGCCAAUCCAAGAGUUGAAAACUGGCGAUGACGUGGCCGCGUUCAUCAAAGAUCCCACUCCGGCGGUGCUCCACUUCUUCGCCACGUGGGCUCCGAGCUGUGAUCAGGUGAACGAGCUGCUCGACGACUUGCUCGCCGAAAUCGCGCUUCCCAUUCGUGGCGCCUAUCUCGACGCGGAGGCUCUUCCCGGAAUCUCGCUCAACUUCAAGAUCACCGCCGCCCCCACUCUCGUCUUCUUCUACGUAAGCGAAACUCUCAGCGAUCAAGGUUAAUAUAAUAUUUUUGUAGCACGGCAAAGAAAUUGAUCGUGUGGAUGGAUUUGUUCCGCAAGAAAUCCAAAAUAAAGUGAUGAGAACUGCGAGCCGUUCUCUCGCCGAUAGAAACGCCGCCAUGGAUGCUGCUUCUGCCCCAGUCGCCGAGCAAUCUCCAGACGACGUCAAGAAUGCUCUGAACGCCCGUCUGAAGUCGUUGAUCGAAUCGAAUCGCGUGAUGCUCUUCAUGAAGGGCUCCCCGGACGCUCCGCGCUGCGGAUUCUCACGCACAAUCAUCGAGCUUCUGAAUUCGCACAAAAUCGCGUUCGGCUCUUUCGACAUUUUCUCGGAUAACUCUGUGCGUGAGGGCCUCAAAGAGUACUCAAACUGGCCCACCUACCCGCAGCUCUACCUGGACGGAGAACUCGUCGGAGGCCUCGAUGUCGUCAAGGAGGAGUUCGCCGAUCCGGAAUUCAUAGAAAAGCUGCCGAAGACUCGAGAGGAGAAGCCACUGAAAGAACGGCUCAACGAGCUCGUCCGUCGCAGUCGGCUCAUGCUCUUCAUGAAGGGAAAUCGCGAGCAGCCAAAGUGCGGAUUCUCGCGUACCAUCGUGGAUCUUUUGAAUCAGGCUAGAGCCGAUUACGAGACUUUUGAUAUUCUGGAAGACGAGGAAGUUAGACAGGGACUCAAGGUAAUUCUGAUAGAGCGCUCGCUGUGAUGACAAAAGUGUUUCCUUCCAGGAAUUCUCCAACUGGCCAACGUACCCGCAGCUCUAUUUGGACGGAGAACUCGUCGGAGGGCUCGACGUCGUCAAGGAGGAACUUCUGGACACGCACUUCCUUCGUCAAAUCCCCAGGAUCCGAAACGAGUGA